AUGCCCCUCGAGAGAAAGGCGAUCGAGAUCGAGAAACGAAUCGCCGCCAUUCCGCUCGAGCGCUACCGAAACUUCUGUAUCGUCGCCCACAUCGACCACGGCAAGAGUACACUCUCCGAUCGGCUGUUGGAGCACACGGGAACGAUCACGGCCGGCGAUGGAAACAAGCAGGUCUUGGACAAACUCGACGUCGAGCGCGAGCGCGGCAUCACCGUCAAGGCGCAGACAUGCACCAUGAUCUACAAGAACCCCAAGGACGGCCUCGACUACCUCCUCCAUCUUGUCGAUACCCCAGGCCACGUCGACUUCCGCGCCGAAGUAACACGGUCCUACUCGUCGUGCAGCGGCGCCCUGCUGCUGGUCGACGCCUCGCAGGGUGUGCAGGCGCAGACGGUCGCCAACUUUUACCUCGCCUUUGCGCAGGGCUUGUCUCUGGUGCCCGUCGUCAACAAGAUCGACAUGGCCAGCGCCGAUGUGCCGCGGGUGUUGGAACAGCUGGAAACCGUCUUUGAGCUGGACACCUCCACGGCCGUCAAGGUCAGCGCCAAGACCGGUCAAGGCGUGGGUGAGAUCCUGCCCGCGGUCAUCUCGAACGUGCCGGCUCCCGUGGGCGACGCCAAGAAGCCGCUGCGCAUGCUCCUGGUGGACUCGUGGUACGACACCUUCAAGGGCGUCGUCCUGCUCGUCCGUCUCUUCGACGGCACGCUCAAGCAGGGCGAUAAAGUCUACUCCUUCGCCACGGGCAACGAGUACAUCGUCGGCGAAGUCGGCAUCCAGUACCCCGACGCCGUGCCCCAGAAGGUUUUGAGGGCAGGCCAAGUCGGCUACGUCUUCUUCAACCCCGGCAUGAAGCGCAUCCAGGACGCCAAGCUAGGCGAUACCUUCACCAACGUCGGGUGCGAAGACAUGGUCGAGCCAUGCCCCGGCUUCGAGGAGCCGAAACCCAUGGUCUUCGUCGCCGCUUUCCCCACCAACCAGGACGACUACGGCCGGCUGGCCGACUCCAUCUCCCACCUCGUGCUCAACGACCGCUCCGUCACUUUACAAAAGGACUACUCCGAAGCGCUGGGCGCCGGCUGGCGCUUGGGCUUCUUGGGCUCUCUCCACUGCUCCGUCUUCCAAGACCGCUUGCGCCAGGAACACGGCGCCAGCAUCAUCAUCACCGAGCCCGCCGUCCCUACAAAGAUCGUCUGGUCCACCGGCGAAGAAGUCAUCGUCACCAACCCGGCCGAGUUCCCCGACCCAGACGACCACCGCAUCCGCUCCGCCACGCUUUACGAGCCCUUUGUCAACGCCACCGUCACGUUACCAGAGGAAUACGUAGGCCGGUGUAUAGAAAUCUGCGAGAACGCGCGCGGCGUGCAAAAGUCGCUAGAAUUCUUCACCGCUACGCAGGUCAUUCUCAAGUAUGAGCUGCCCGCUGCUUCGCUGGUCGAUGACCUCUUUGGCAAGCUGAAGGGCGCGACGAAGGGGUAUGCGACGCUGGAUUAUGAGGAUGCCGGGUGGAGGCAGGCGCAGCUGGUCAAGCUGAAUUUGCUGGUCAAUAAGAAGGCGGUCGAUGCGGUGGCGAGGAUUGUCCAUGUUAGUCAGGUGGAGAGGUUGGGGAGGCAGUGGGUUAUUAAGUUUAAGGAGCAUGUGGAUCGGCAGAUGUUUGAGGUCAUCAUCCAAGCCGCUGCCGGCCGACGUAUCGUCGCCCGCGAAACCAUCAAGCCGUUCAGGAAGGACGUGUUGGCUAAGCUGCACGCUAGUGAUAUCACGAGGCGCAGGAAGCUGUUGGAGAAGCAGAAGGCCGGUAGGAAGAGGUUGAGGGCUGUGGGUAACGUGAUUAUUGAUCAGUCGGCUUUUCAGAAGUUUUUGUCGAAGUGA